AUGAGCCAAGAAACCCUAACGCAAGUGCCGUCCCCCGUGCUUGGCGGAGACUUGGCCAUAUACCCCUUUCAGCAACCGGCCGAGUCUCGUACGCUCGUCGACAUACUCGAUGCGUCCACGUCGGCUCACCCCGACGCCCUCGCCAUCGACAACGGCACGUCGAGCUUGACCUAUGCCGAGCUGGCCAAGAGAAUAGCAGCCCGCGUGGAGCAGCUGAGAGCUGUCGGCGUCGGCGUCGGCGAUCGGGUCGGCAUUCGAGUAACCUCGGGAACCCUGGACCUGUAUGUCGGCAUUCUCGCAAUCAUCACGGCCGGCGCGGCCUACGUCCCGGUCGAUGUCGACGAUCCGGAUGAGCGCGCCGAGAUCGUCUGGACCGAAGCUUCGGUCUGCACCGUCCUGACCGACAACGCGACUCUCACAAAACACGGCGUGCCGGUAGGCGGGCCGCAAAGCCGGCCGGGCCUGGAAAACGACGCCUGGAUCAUCUUCACUUCGGGCUCGACCGGGAAGCCCAAGGGCGUCGCCGUUAGCCACCGAAGCGCGGCCGCCUUCGUCGAUGCCGAAACAGAGCUCUUCAUGCCCCAGGAUCGGCGCCUUGGACCGGGCGACCGUGUGCUCGCCGGUCUCUCCGUAGCCUUUGACGCCUCCUGCGAGGAGAUGUGGCUCGCCUGGCGCCAUGGUGCCUGUCUCGUGCCCGCACCGAGGUCCCUCGUCAAGGCCGGCGCCGACCUCGGCACCUUCCUGACGGCGCAACGCAUCUCGGCAGUGUCGACGGUGCCGACGCUCGCGGCGCUGUGGCCUACCGAGACGCUCCGCGGCGUCCGACUUCUCAUCCUCGGCGGCGAGGCCUGCUCCCCCGAGCUCGCCGGUCGGCUGGCCAAGACGGUCGAGUUUGUGUGGAACACGUACGGUCCGACCGAAGCAACCGUCGUGACGUGCGCGGCCCCGUUGGUGGCCGGAGAGCCCCUCGUUCGGAUCGGUCUACCCCUCGUCGGCUGGAAGAUGGCCGUCGUCGGGUCCGACGACCGGCCGGUGCGAUGGGGCGAGGAGGGCGAGCUCGUCAUCGGCGGCGUCGGCAUGGCUCGCUACCUUGACCUCGAGAAGGACAAGGUCAAGUUUGCACCGGCCAGCGUCUUCGACGGCGAGCGGGCGUACCGCAGCGGCGACCUGGUCAGAGCCGAGCGGGAAGGGCUCGUCUUCAUCGGUCGCAACGACGAGCAGAUCAAGCUGGGCGGCCGCCGCAUCGAGCUGGGCGAGAUCGACGCAGCUUUGAUGACGCUCCCCGGCGUCGGCGCAGCAGCCAGCGCCAUCCGUCGUAGCGAGCUCGGCAUGCAGGUGCUUGUGGGCUACGUCGUCCGGGACAAGGGCCACAAGGUCGACGUCGCCGCCGACCGCGAGCUGCUCAAGCACGUGCUGCCGGCCGGUCUUGUUCCCAUGCUCGUCGCCGUCGACGACCUACCCGUUCGCACCUCGGGCAAGGUCGACCGCAAAGCGCUGCCGUGGCCGCCGCCAUCGUUGCCCGCAAAGGAUGCUGACGGUCGUUCCGCCUUUGUCGGCACCAUGGCUUGGCUCGCCGAAAGGUGGGGCCGUGUUCUCGGUGUGGGGCCGGAUUCGCCCAAAGCCCACUUCUUCGAUCUCGGCGGCAGCAGCCUCGGCGCCGCCCAGCUCGUGUCGCAGCUGCGCGAGCGAGUGCCGACCCUCUCCGUCGCCGACGUGUACGAGAACCCGGCCCUCGAGGCCAUGGCGACGCGCAUCGAUGACCUCUCCGGCAUCAAGCACUCGGAGCGUCUCGUGAAGCCGACUCCGCGCUGGGUCGUGCUCGUCCAGCUGUUCAUCCUGUUUUUCGAGCUCAGCUUUCAGGGCCUCCGCUGGCUCACGGCCGUCGGGCUCACCAAAAAGUUCUUCACCCUCCGUCUCGGUGCCAACUCUUGGGCCGGCCAGUUCACCGGCGAUAUGCCGUGGUGGCUGCUCGCCGUCGGCUCCGCCGUGUUUCUCUCCUUUCCCGGCCGUCUUCUCACCACCGCCCUGGCGGCGCGGCUGCUCACCAUCGGCAUCACCCCAGGCAGUUACCCUCGCGGCGGAUGGCUGCACAUUCGGCUGUGGGCGGCGGAGCGAUUCGCCGGACUCGGCAACAUCGGUUCCAUCGGCGGGACGCAGUGGUGUCGACGCUACGCCCGCAUGCUCGGCUGCCAGGUCGGCAAGGAUGCCCAGCUGCACGGCCUGCCACCGACGACGGGCCUCGCCAGCUUCGGCGCCGGGUGCGCCAUCGAACCCGAGGUCGACACGGCUGGAUGGUGGCUCGACGGCGACAUCCUGCACGUCGGCUCCAUCACCAUCGGCGAAGGCGCCCGCGUCGGUAGUCGCAGCACGCUCAUGCCGAACACGGUGCUCGAGGCAUACGCCGACGUGCCGCCCGGCACCUGCGUUCAAGGAACCGUCAAGGGGCCGGACCACGUGCCCUCGCCCAACGAGAAGAUGGCGGCGACCAGAGGCCAGACGUUCUGGUCGGGGUUCCGGUACACGACGACGCUGCUUGUCAUGGACUUUUUCCCGCUUUUCAUGAUCGCUCCCACGCUGCUGCUCACGCCCCUGCUCGUGCGCGACUACGCCGACUUCAACACCGUGUGCCUCGCGCUUGUCGAGCUGACGCUGCCCGGCACCGCCAUAGGCAUCAUUCUCUACUGCGCCUUCGUCAUCUCCCUCACGCGACUGCUCAGCCUGGCCAUGAAGCCGGGCGUGUACUCUUGGCACAGCACGACGGCGUGGGCGGCGUGGUGGACGCACGGCCUCAUGAUCACGGCGCGGACGACGCUGUUUCCCAUUUACGCGAGCUUGUUGACGCCCAUCUGGCUGAAGAUGCUUGGUGCGCGCAUCGGGCGCAACGUCGAGGCGUCGACCAUCGUGUCCGUGCCGUCGCUCCUCGAGGUCGACGACGGUGCGUUCCUGGCCGACGACGUGCUGCUCUCACCCUUCGAGCUCGGUCACGGACAAAUUCGGCUCGGUCCCUCAACCGUCGGCUUCAAGACUUUUGUCGGAAACUCGGCCAUCGUCGAGCCGGAUAUCCGGGUGCCCGAUGGCGUCCUCAUCGGUGUUCUCGGCACGGCGCCCAAGGACGUCAAGCCCGGCUCGUCGUGGCUCGGGCGACCGCCCAUGUCUCUCCCCCGCCGCGUCGACUCGCCCGUGGACGAGGCCUUGACCUUUAAGCCGCCUCGACGACUCGUGCUGGCGAGAGCCCUGGUCGAGUCCUGCAGGCUCAUCCCCCUGCUCAUCUCGGGCAUGAUCCUGACGCUGAGCGGGCUCACGAUGCUGUGGUUCCUCAACACCUUCGGCAUCGGGUGGUCGGUCCUGGCGGGCAGCGGCAUGGUCAUCGGCGCCGGACUCGUCGCGAGCGCCAUCACGACCUUGGCGAAGUGGUUGCUGACGCCCGUCAUCAAACCUGGCAAGCAGCGUCCCUUGUGGAGCUCCUUUGUCUGGCGCAACGAGCUGGCCGACACCUUCGUCCAGUGCCUCGGCGUGCCUUGGUUCGCUCAGGCGUGCUACGGAACUCCGAUGCUGUCCAUGUGGAUGAGAACGCUGGGGGCCAAGAUUGGUCGUGGAGUGUGGUUGGAGAGCCACCUCCUCCCCGAGGCCGAGCUGAUCCAGAUCGACGCCGGCGCCUCCGUCAACCGAGGAUGCGUGCUGCAAACCCACCUCUUCCACGACCGGCUGAUGCGCCUGGACACGGUCCAUCUCGAGGCAGGGGCAACGCUGGGCCCACGCGCGAUUACGCUUCCGGGCACCACCAUCGGUGCCGGCGCCACCGUCGCACCGUCCUCGCUGGUCAUGCGCGGCGAGCACAUCCCAGCCGGCACCCGCUGGCGGGGGAAUCCGGUACGGCCUUGGGUCGAGGAGGAAGCGGUGGAUACGUUGGUCGACAGCUCGGACUGGAGAUCGGAUGUGACACGCACGUCGACGCAGCGGGACGCUUUCAACGCAUCCAUCGUCUGA